GGUCCCGACUCCUGGUCCCUCGCUUCCUAACAUUUACUUUUCACAUAUCUCCACCAGCGGGUGCUCCUUAGAGCGCAUUACUCCGGCCGCAGUAAAGGCCAGAUACAAACUUGCACGAUGGCUUUCGCCCUGGCACGCAAGGGGGCGCUGCGCCCCGUCAGCGCCCAGCGCGGACCCAACGUGCGUGUGGCCAAGCCUGGUCUCCUGCGUACUCCGGCGUUUGCUGCUCGGCCCCAGGUGCAGACGAAGGCUGCCUCCUUGUCGGUUCCUGUGAACGAUCUGACUGAUGAGGAGCGCAAGCAGCUGGCACAUGAGCUGGGCUUUAAGAGCGUCGGCCGCGAGCUUCCCGACGGUGUCUCUCUCACCGACAUUGUGAAGAGCAUGCCCCCAGAGGUUUUCGAGCUGGACCAUGGCAAGGCUUGGCGCGCCGUGCUCAUUUCUGUAACGGCAAUGGCUGCCAGCCUGUACCUCAUCAGCAUCAGCCCUUGGUACCUGCUUCCCUUCGCAUGGGCCUUCUCCGGCACCGCCUUCACCGGGUGGUUCGUGGUUGGUCAUGACUGCGGACACCGCAGCUUCCACAAGAACAACCUUGUGGAGGACAUUGUGGGCCACAUCAUGUUUGCGCCGCUCAUCUACCCCUUUGAGCCCUGGCGGAUUAAGCACAACCACCACCACGCUCACACCAACAAGCUGGUGGAGGACACCGCCUGGCACCCGAUCACGGAGGAGGAGAUGGCCAAGUGGGACGAGACCACCGCCGCCAUCUACAAGGUGUUCCUGGGCACCCCGCUCAAGCUGUGGGCCUCUGUGGGCCACUGGUGGGUCUGGCACUUCGACCUCAACAAGUACACGGAGAAGCAGCGCACGCGCGUCAUGAUCUCGCUGGCCGUGGUGUACGCCUUCAUGGCCACCGCCUUCCCCGCGCUCAUCUACUACACCGGCGUGUGGGGCUUCAUCAAGUUCUGGCUGAUGCCCUGGCUGGGCUACCACUUCUGGAUGAGCACCUUCACUGUGGUGCACCACACCGCGCCGCACAUCCCCUUCAAGCCCGCCGACCAGUGGAACGCCGCCAAGGCGCAGCUCAGCGGCACCGUGCACUGCGACUACCCCGGCUGGGUUGAGUUCCUGACGCACGACAUCUCCUGGCACGUGCCCCACCACGUGGCCUCCAAGAUCCCCUGGUACAACCUGCGCAAGGCCACCGAGUCGCUGCGCAAGAACUGGGGCGAUUACAUGACCGAGUGCACCUUCAACUGGCGGGUGGUGAAGAACAUCUGCACAGUGUGCCACGUGUACGACGAGAAGGUCAACUACAAGCCCUUCGACUUCAAGAAGGAGGAGCCGCUCUUUGCCUUCCAGCGCCGCUUCUUGCCCGAUAACGUCUAAACGGGUUGCUUGCAGCAGCGGGAGAGGUGGGCCUGGGCGUGUGGUCCAUUGCCUGCAAUCCCUCGUUCGCACCCUGCUGGUGAGAGGCCCUUGCGGGGUGUGCAUUUAUCAACCGCGGGCUGGCAUGGCUGCUUUUAGGGCUUGCGCUGCGGUGCCUUAUCAGCACGCCUGAUAGCGGAAGUGCGUUGCGGGUGGAGCAGGACUGCUGGUUGGAGCGGUUUGAUGCUUGAAGAAGUGAUUCGGAAGAGGGCUUUUCGUUGGCGGUAACGUGUCACGUGGACAGCUUGCGGGAGGGCUGGCGUGCUGGUCAGUGCCUUCACGAUGUGUGCUUGCUGGUGAUGCCGUGCCUUGCUGCUCUUAUCGACUUGAAUGCGGAAGAAUGUCAUACUCCCAAAAGUUAUUGCGUGCUGUGGCUCUUUAGUGCGUUUUUCUCAUUACAUGGUUAAAAUGGUGUUCUGUUCAAUUUUGGUGGUCCUGUGUCUGGUCUGGUGUAUGCCAUGAUUCCGUUUCCGUGUGUGUCGGCGUGUGGUGGUGUUUUGUGUCAUGGUGGCGGUAAGAGCUGCAGGUGGCGGUUGACCCAUGGGUCGCUCCAGCGGGGGUGCAGUAGUGCGCGGUGCAUUCGUGCGUUCGAGAGAGGAGGGGUAUAUUUGCGGUGAGAGUGGGACUGAGCGAGGAAGAUGCGGCAGGAAACUGCCUGAGCCCUAGGGUAGCAGUCGUGGUGCGCGAGGAAGCGCCGCAAGGCCCUGACGACGACGCCGGGUUGGCCAGCUAAGACCGCCGGCCUGCCGCUUACAAACGGUACCGCGCUGGCAAGAACAGCUACACUACUGCCGCUCUAGCGUGAGGGCGUUUUGGCAGAGCUGCGGUUGCUGGAUGAUGGUGGCGUCGAGGGCUGCUUGUGUGCGCCUCUUCUUGUGAUAUGUUUGGUGUUGCCAGAGAGAUGUAAGCUAUAUUGGUUUGCUUCGGUGCCUCCGUCUGUGUGCGAGUUUCAUGAUACCGUUGAAGAAUUACGGCACCACUGGAAGCGCUCGCUCUCUGACGCAAAAGCCACGCUGUGGAGGCUAACCCCUGUGAUGAGAUGCGUUACAGGGUUGAUGAGCCGAUGGCGAUUUCGGUAGCAACCGUAUUGUGUUAUGAAAGUGGUAUGAUUGGUUGAAAUUUAUGACCCGUGACGGUGUUCUCUUUUGUAGGGUGACUUCGGGAUGCCUGGGAGCACACCGAGUGACGUGUGUCUAGUAGUGGCCGUGUGUACCAUGAUAUACCCACAAAUUGCACAUAUCUGUAACGGAUUCUACACGAUUGGACAUGACA